AUGGUCUUGGCCGUCUUGGCCGAUGGACCUUGGGGACGAAGCCAAGGGCCGACUAGUCCACAAGCAGGCGGACCCGCCAUUGACCCCAAACCACUCACCAACCCGACCACCGGCCUCCCGAACCCCGAAGUCCCCCUCUCCAGCCAAAGCGACCUCGACGCCGCCGUGCUCGCCGCCCAAUCCGCCUUCCCAGCAUGGUCGCGCACCCCCCUCACCACCCGACGCGCCCUCCUCACCCGCUACGCCACGCUCCUCGAAACCCACAAACAGUCCCUCGUCGCCCUGCUCACCCAAGAACAAGGGAAACCUCUCAGCCAGGCCCAGAUCGAAGUCGAAAUGGCCAUCACCUGGACCCGCACCAUCCCCACCCUCGAGUUGCCGGUCACGACCAUUGAAGACACGCCCGACCGCCAGAUCAUCCAGCGCUACGUGCCCAUCGGCGUGUGCGGCGCCAUCGUCCCCUGGAACUUCCCGGUGCUGUUGGCGGUCGGGAAAAUCGUGCCCGCCCUGGUCACGGGGAAUACGAUCCUUGUCAAGCCCAGUCCGUUUACGCCGUACUGCGCGUUGAAGUUGGGGGAGCUGGCCGCGCAGGUGUUUCCGCCGGGGGUCGUGCAGGUGCUGAGUGGCGGGGAGGAGUUGGGGCCGUGGAUGACGGCGCAUCCGGGGAUCUUGAAGAUCAGUUUCACGGGGUCGAGUGUUACUGGGCGGAAGGUGAUGGAGGGGUGUGCCCGGGGGUUGAAGAGGGUGACGUUGGAGUUGGGUGGGAAUGAUGCCGCGAUUGUGUGUGGGGAUGUGGAUGUGGAUGCUGCGGUGCAGAAGAUCGGCAUCAUCGCCUUCCUCUGCUCCUCGCAGAUCUGCAUGACGAUCAAGCGGCUGUACGUGCACGAGCGCAUCUACGACGAGUUCCGCGACAAGCUGGUCGCCUUCGUGCGCAACCUCCCCGUCGGCGACGGCACCCAGCCGGCCACCUUCUUCGGCCCCGUGCAGAACCGCAUGCAGUUCGACAAGGCCACCGACCUGCUGGCCGCGACGCAGGCGGCCGGCCUGCGGACCCUGGCGGCCGGCGAGGUCCCCGCCGACCUCGACCAAGGGUUCUUCAUCCCGCCGACCCUCGUGGACAACCCGCCCGAGGCCUCGCGCGUCGUGCAGGAGGAGCCCUUCGCGCCGAUCCUGCCGCUGCUCAAGUGGUCCGACGAGGCGGACGUGAUCGCCCGCGCCAACGCCUCCGACUACGCGCUGAGCGCCUCGGUCUGGAGCCGCGAUCUGGGGCGCGCGCGCCGCAUCGUCGACCAGCUGCAGGCCGGCUCGGUGUGGGUGAACUCGCACUUCGACGUCGCGCCCCACGUGCCGUUCGGCGGGCACAAGGCGAGUGGGAUGGGCACGGAGUGGGGGGUGCAUGGGUUGGUCGGGUGGUGUAAUUCGCAGACGUUGUGGCUGAAGAGUCAGCUGUAG